CCGGUUAUCUACGAGAAUGAUAGCGUGACCUGCAGAUAAUAAGUUUGCUAUCGAGUUUUCGAGUAUUUCUAAACACCUGUAUGUGACAGGACGUUACUUUGUGACAUAUCCAAGACAAUAUGGCUAAAAUACAGACAGUGCUAGGCCUCAUAGAGCCUAGUGAGGCUGGAGUAACCAUGGCUCAUGAACACCUCAAAAUGGAGUUUCACUCGAUGUAUUCGCCACAUCCUGAUUCAAAGAUACAAGAUAAGAAGGAUGAUGACAUCACAAUGGAAAACUUGUGGUGGAUACGUCAGCACCCAUAUAGUAGUGUGCGAAACCUAUAUCUGAACGAUGUAGAGGAAGCUGUGACUGCAGAGAUGGAGUAUUACAAGAGUAAUGGAGGUGGAACCAUUGUGGACGUUACGACCAUGGGUAUAGAACGAGACAUCAAAUUUCUCCAGAAAGUGUCACAGGAGACUGGAGUCAACGUAGUGUCUGGAAGUGGAUUUUAUGUAGAAUCCACCCGACCUGAAACGGUUGGUAUGACAGUGGAGGAGAUGGCUAAUGUGAUGACUGCUGACAUCUCCAGUGGAUGUGACAGUACCUCUAUCAAAUGUGGAUGUAUUGGCGAGAUCGGUUGUUCCUGGCCACUGGGAGCAUCAGAGAAGCGAGCUGUCCAAGCUUCUGGUGUGGUACAACAGGACCUCGGCUGUCCAGUAAUCUUCCAUCCCGGUCGCCACCAGGACGCACCGUUUGAGUUGGUGCGCAUUUACCAGGAGGCUGGUGGAAGGGUAGACAAACUGAUCAUGUCCCACCUAGACCGAACAAUCAGUGAUGUGGAUCUCCUUAUAGAGUUUGCAAGACUUGGCUGUUACUGUGAGUUCGACCUAUUUGGAAUUGAAAAUUCACAUUACCAGUUUGCUGAAGAUUUGGACAUGCCCAAUGAUGCUGAGAGGAUUAGACGAAUCAAGUCUCUUGUGUAUGCUGGGUUUGAGGACCGGGUUACCAUUGCCCAUGACAUACACACCAAGAUCCGGCUGAUGAAGUAUGGAGGCCACGGAUUCUCCCAUAUCCUGUUGAAUAUCCUUCCAAAGAUGCAGCAAAGAGGAAUAUCCAAAGCAAUUGCAUACAAAAUGGUAGCCGAUAACCCACAAAGAUGGCUGGCCUUUAAUCCACCAAACUGACAGUUUAUAAAGGUGGCUGUUUUAUCAUCCAUCAAACCAAUUAUCAACAAAGAUGGCUGGUAUAUAUUCCUUUAACUGAAGCUUUGGUUGAAUAAUGCAGGCCUUUCUAUGGAUAAUAAAUUUGAAUAUAUGAAAAAAAUUAACACUAACCCUAAUUUUACAUGACCAUAUGACUAUCUGAUUGAUUCUGUAAAUUGAUUAUCCGUUUGACAGCUUUUACCUAAUAAUUUUAUUGAAUUAUACCCAAGAUGGCCAAGAAUGAUCACCAGCCAAAGUAGCUUACACUACCUAUAACACCGAUGUGAAGUCCCUUAUGUAUAGUUCCACAUAUAUAGACUGUAUCAUUCUAUACAAGUUACUAAUAAGCAAUGUACACAGCUUUGUUAAGCUGGUAUUAUACAAACACCAAGGCAUACACAUCAGGGGGUUCUGAUUAAGGGCUCAGGAUUGAUACAAAGUUUUAUUAUAGCCAUGCAAUGUUGGUGCCCAGGAUUGAACUUUACAAUAAAUCAACAUCAGGAUUCAGCAUGAGCAGCAAACUC